AUGAGGCUCACCGCGUCUAUGCUCGUGGCGUUCGUCUGCAUUGUCGUAGCUCGUCCCCAGGACAUCUCGGACAUCGAUUGCGAUACCUAUGCGAACGAGCAAUUGUGCUUAGCUCACAACGGCUGCGGAUGGAACCCGGCCGAUGUACAUUCGACGGUGCCCUACUUCGUCACCACAAUAGAUACAGCUUCGUCCCACUCCGACCUCUGCGCUCCUGCAACAGUGGUGCGUAGCCCGGAUCAACAUCUCGCCCCUCGAUCGCAAAAGUUCAACGCCAUCCAUGACUUUGGCAUCGCGCAAACACCCCGCGCACAAGACAGAAUGAAGUUCAAGCCGUUCAUGGUGGUUUACGCUUUCCUUGUCAUGUCAGCCGCAGCUCAAACGUAUCCCUGCAGCGCUUACACAAACGGAGCAUCGUGUCUCUACGCCGGCUGCAAGUUUUACCCUGCUAAUGGCGCAUGCGUUCCCAAGCCCUAG